AUGGUUUGGUCAGCUCCAAAGUUUUUUCCUUUUACCAUAGAAAAUGAGGAAUUUGGUAAAGGGGGAUUCUGUUCUGCCCAUAAAGCAACCUCAAAUUCUCCAGAUUUCCAAAGAAAAGCAUAUGUUGUCAAAUAUUUCUUACAAAGCACUAAAGAUGUUAUAAGUGAGCUUGGUGAAACAGAAUUGGAACAUGCUAGAAAAUCUGUGCAAAUGCAGGCAUUGGCUAAACAUUUUGCUGAACAAUUUGAUGCUAAUGUGAAGAAGGAAGGAAAUGAAGAAGAGUUUGGAAAGACCUUUAGGUACUGUAUAUUAUUAGUAUAGGUAAUCCUGUGAUGGCAAGUACAAUUAGGGAUUACUAUGAUGAGUGAUGUUAGGAAAUUUUGCCAAAGUUGGAUGAGCCGCCAUUAUUUGUUUAUUAUUAGCAUAACAAAAUUGCAUCUACCAUCCCCUCAUUGUCAAGAUAAAAUAAUAAUCUCUAGUCAAAGUACAGUCCUGUCAGACUUUGAACUAAAAUUUGUUUGUGUUUUUAUUUAAUGCUUUUGCUUUAAGUUCCCUAUGGCAAUUCCAUUUGAGUGAAUUGUGUUGAUUCAAUAUGUUUCUGCCAAUUUGUUUUGAGAAAUAAUUGUACUCCUCUCAACCAAUCAGCAUCCAGUAAUUUUGUCAUGCUAAUAAUAAAUCAGGAAAUAAAAGCUAUAAUAACAAAAGGCAUGAAUGUUACAUGCUAAAUUAAACUAACUUAUCAUAUUUCAUUAAGAUAUGUCGACACUUUCCUGGGAAUCAUCAAUGAUUCACAGAAGGUUGUCACAAUCGAAGAAUAUGUGACAAGCAAUUUUGAGAAGUAUGUAAACAAUGAUGGUGUUCUUUGUGUGAAAAAGAAUGAAGACCAGCAAAAAAAGGCGGAGAGUCUUGUCCACUUUUCUUACAUCAAAUCCAGUAAGAAAUUGAUGCUUGUGGAUAUCCAAGGAGCAGGCUACAACCUUAUGGAUCCUGAGAUUGCUUCACUUACUGGGGCUUUUAAUGAUGAGAACAAUUUCCUAUUUUGUGCUGGUAACUAUUCAAAAGAGGCUUUUACCAACUUUUUAAGGCACAUAAGUGCAAUGCUUUUUCCAAUUUGUUAA